AUGCGGUCGAAUGCUGCGAGAUUGGACAGCGCAGAAGAAUCCAGCGCAGCAUGCGUCCGAUAUCGGGUGUACUUGACAGGUUGCUUCCACAAAGGCAACAGAUGUCAGGAGGACAAGGUAAAGUUGUUUCGGUUCAACGUGGUAACCACAAUGCGUGUCCAUUUAAACUCAUUGAAGCAUUUGAAAAACCGAAUCACUCGUCUAGAUAAAUCGUUAAUCCACGACACCAGCAAAGUGGCCCCACCUGUUCCAACUGAAAAACCGCUAGUGUUGGACUGGGAAUCUUCAUUGAGAGAGCCGGUGAAGAAUCCCGUUUCUUCACCGGUCACGGCCAAACUAUACACAGCCUGUGUGGCUGGUGCUAAGAACUCGGCGGAUCGACAUUUCUUCGCUGAAGGAAGGACGGAGGCGAAUCGACCGUCAAUCAGACGCCUUACUAGACGAUCGUCAAAAUAG